UACAUACUAGGAAGUAGUGUCAAACGUGACAUUUAAGAAAAGGUGGAGAAGUCCAUUUUAUUUGUUUUUGUUGUCAACAUAAUUGUUUGUAAUGUGCCCCUUGAAGGUAUCAGAACACGCAGCAGUUCGUGUGCCACUACCUCAGUUUAAACCACGCGAGGCUCAGCCGGUUCCGACCUUGAGUCACAUCCCCACGCUGCCUACCUACGGAUUUUCCAGUUUCGUGGUUGUUGAAAAUAGCUUGGCUGCUCCCUGCCGCUAUGGCUAAUUCCUUAGGAACCGGUGGAUCCAGUUAGAUCCAUCCCUCUCUUUAUUUCCCUUCACCAACUUGUUGAGUCUUCGCCCCUCGGGUUGUUCCUACUGUAACACAAAGCGUGCGGCGUUGCACGACUCAGCUCGUCUUUGUGCGACUCCUGGAGACUCGUGUCGUCGGUUUGAAGGACGCCGGUGUCGGGCUCGGUGAGACGGGGUCGUUGUAGCUCUUCAAGUGUGGAGGGGGGGGGACUCGACGGGACCGCGCGCAGCAGAUCGAGGCUUUGACGCAGCAACAGGCGCCUGUGUGGGAAACUGUAGGGAGGUGGAGACAAUUUACCACCCCUCCCUCGUCUUUUACUGAAAUUACCAACUCAUUGUUGCACAGGGGAGACGCUUGAAGUACUCACUGCUGCACUUCAAAUGGAGGCUCCCGAUGACCAUUGUGCUAGUAAUGGCCAAUGCUCUCCCGAUAAGGAGAACUCAAGAUUGUUGGCGGAUGCGUCAACACCUAAUGGACAGACAGAACCUCAGGUUCCUAAUUCCCCCAGUGAACUGAACAUUAAACAGGAGGAAGAAACAGCGGAGGAGGAUGACAACAGAAGCCCAGCAGAAAUAGGCCAAACAGGGGAGGAAGGAGUAGCAUUGGAGGAAUCCAUGACUGACAGCCCAAGCAAUGUACAGGAUGGAUUAUCUGAGACAAACGCAACAGCUGAUUUAGGAAGUCGACAAACACACGGUGACAGGCCAUUCCAGUGCAACCAGUGUGGCGUCUCAUUCACCCAGAAGGGAAACCUGCUAAGACACAUUAAGCUGCAUACAGGUGAAAAACCCUUCAAAUGCCCCUUCUGCAGCUACGCCUGCCGGCGGCGCGAUGCUCUCAGCGGGCAUUUGCGCACUCAUGCUGUUGGCAAACCGCACAAGUGUAACUUCUGUGGGCGGAGCUACAAACAGCGCACUUCUCUGGAGGAACAUAAAGAGCGCUGCCAUAGUUACCUGCAGGGUAUCGGCUUCGAUCCAAACGCCAACACUGGCCCUUACACAGGCGAGGUCCCUAAAGACCCAAGGCCCAUGGCGGAGCCCAACAGAAUGGCUACCUUUGAUCGGCCACCUGUUAUUGAAAGACUGCACAGCAACGUGGGCAAGAGGAAGAGCACCACACCUCAAAAAUUUGUGGGUGAAAAGAUGGUAGGCUACAGCUACCCUGAACUAGGCUAUGAGAUGGGCCUUAAGUAUGAGAAGCAGGCUGAACUGAUGUCAGCCCACAUGAUGGACCAGGCCAUCAACAAUGCCAUCACAUAUCUUGGAUCGGACUCUCUUCGGCCCAUGCUCCAUCAUCCAGGUCCCCCUCCCUCUAUGGCUGAAGUGGUGCCCAUGGUCAACCCCCUCUUCCACCAUGUCCUGCCAUUGUGUCAACGAACAGAUCAUCCAGGAAAUUGUGACACGCUGCAAUCUCAGCAUUCUCAGCAUUCUCAGCCCCUUCAGCCCCAUGACUUCCCCAGCCGUCCCACCACAAAUGGCCCAGUGGCUUUAACCAGGCUGGGCAAGGUGCAUCAUCCAGGGCAAGAAGAAUCUCCCAACAACAGUGGAGUUGACUCUGCUGACUCAACUCGCAGCAGCCCUCAUGAGAGGCAGGGCCACCAUGGGAGCAACCCUAUUCCUGGUCUCAGGUCUCGAGCCAGUCCAGCGGUGGGCUAUUCAGGUGAGCGAGUGACAGAAACAUCAUCAAGAAAUGGGGCAGGAAUGGGGACCGGCAUCAUGCGAGUGGCCACAGAGAAGCCUGUGAGCCAGGAUGGGGUUCGGGUGUUUGGACGAGAGGGCCAGGAGUUACGAGCGUACCAGUGCGAGCACUGCCGGGUGCUCUUCCUGGACCAUGUCAUGUACACCAUUCACAUGGGUUGCCACGGAUACAGAGAUCCAUUGGAGUGCAACAUCUGUGGUCACCGGAGCAAAGACAGCUAUGAGUUCUCCUCUCACAUAGUCCGUGGUGAACACACCAUCCAGUAAAAGGAUGGGUAGGAAUUUAAUGAAAAACAAAGAAGGGAAAGGAGCAAUAGCCUGAUAUCCGUCCUUACCCUCAGGCAUCUGAGACUGCACAGUUGAAGGGCACUGUAGACAAGUGUAGCACAAUCAUAGCAUAGACUUUUUUUGAGCUAAUUAUGUGAAUCUGAACAGUUGAACAAUCAUAUGAAGGUAUGGGCCAAAGACAUAUAUUCUACAUAUUUAAUUGAGAUUAAUAAAGAAGGUAAGUUAUUUGUUUUCUCGUGAAAUGUUCAUGAAUGUUUUAACAGAGCAGCUAUCAAACAACUAGUUUUUCAUUUUAGUCUUAUUUAGAAAAGUCUCCUGUUGUGCUUGUCCUGUCAUCGUGGUUUUGUUACAAAACAAUUGUUCCACUCUUAAGAAGUAAAGAAUGCAUACAAAUACAUUACAACCAGAUAGGAUGUCCUAUUCAAAACAAGAACAACAAAACCUUUUAAAUUAAUUAAAUCAUAAUAAUACAAUUCAUGAUGUAUAUCAUAUAAUAAUGGUAUUGAACUGGCCCACUUACUGUGGCAUAUCACUUAGGAUCCAUGCAGUUUUAUUUUUCUUUAUUUUUUAUGAUAUUGCCAUGGCCCAUAAUUCUUGUUUUUCCUACGAAAAAUGAUUGAAGAUAUAUUGCCAUGGUCAACUGGUGCUGUGUGUUCUAACUGCAAGCAACUUGGCCAGUGGUGUGAUUGUCUCUGAUUGUAGGCUAUUUAACUGCAGCUGUAGACAUUUGACCAGUCUGCUAUCAUCUUCAGAAUUAAGUUGUUGUUUAGUUGUGCCUUAUUCCAUACAUAGAUUACUACCAAGUUUGUUAUCUUACUUUAGACGUUACUAUGAACCCCAAUAAUGGAUACAACAACAAAUGCAUUUAGUUAAGACAUGUUCUCUUUUAGUCCUGUAAAUAUAUGUUCAGAGAACUUCUAUGAAGAAGUGUUAGUACGAGUGUAUUGAAUGUGUCAAUAAACAAAAAUAAGAAAAUUGAUUUACAGAUCCCAAAUUGUACAUGGUAGGUUAAUCAUAAAUGCAUUUUACAAUCCACUAACAACUGUAAAUACAUGUUACAUAUAUAAAAUACAUUACACAAAUUAAUGUUCCUAUUAAUACAUCAUUGGUGAAGCUAGUAAAGUUGUAAAGACAACAUUUUGACUAACACUCUAAAAAGGAUAGCCUGCUGAUAACAGAAAACUACCCUAAACCACUGCUUUGUAAUGCCACAGCCAAUGUGAUAGCCUUUAUUAAUACACUUUGACUGAUGUUAUAUAGAAUAUAAGGGCUGUAUUUGCAAAGUCUUUGCUCACUUGAGUAAUGGACCAGCUAUGCAAAACACCAAUGCUACUAGAGCUAGCUAGCUAACUAGCCUAUAAACCGUUCACAAAAUCCUAUCAAUGUUUUAGACUAUCAAUUUAUUUGUGUUUACUUACACCACUCAUGUUUGUACAAUUAUCAGUUGCUGGUAAUACAUUUAUAUACCACUACUAGCACAGAAAGAAGGACACCUACUUCCUGUGGCUGACUUGUAUAUUUUGUAAUUUUAGUAAAAGAUUCCAACUAUUUUGAAAUACUUUCAUUCUAUAAAUAUAUCAAAAGUACUUUUUGAAAAAAAGCCACAGAUGUAAUCAAUGCAGCAUGCAGAUAUGACAAUGUGUAAAUAAAUAAGGAAAAAAAGUCACAAACAUUUUACAUUUAUAUGCACAACCCAAGUUUAAAUAUAAUGCAUUUGGAGUUAAUUCUAACUAAAUUAUCAAAUAUACACUUAAGUGUGCCAUAUACAUUUGUAAAUCUUCAUAUGCUCAUGAAACUGCAUUUGUUGCUUGUAUUUGAAUGUAUUACUCUCCACAGUAACAGUCAAGGUACGACUAUUGAUUAUAAAGCAAAAUCACAAUGAAAGGAUACAAACUUCACGUUUCUCCUCAUCAGCUAAGCUAAUGCAGUAUCCACAUAAAUAACAGGGCAUUUAUAUGUUUACUGGUUGUUCCUAUCAAAAAUGAUUAGAUCCUGGUAACUCAUUGUUGCUUGCAGUUUGAGCACACAGUUAGAUUCCUUAACUAGUAUUAUAGUUUGCUUGAAACUGAGGGUGGUAGCUGUUUUCAUGUUGAUUACUUAAAAUUAUGCUUUAUGGCAACGGACCCAAAGAGAUAAAGGAGGCUGAAAAUACUUUACUGCUUCUCUUUUAUUUUUAUUUUUUAUCAAAAAGUGGAGCCACUUUGUGCUUCUGGCUGGAUAGCUGUGUUUAUGUAUAUAUAAUUAUUGUGUUUUUGGGGGGUGGGGUCUGCAUUAUGCGUAUAUGUCUGGUUCAAUGCCAGCUGUUAUCCUAUUAGUAUGACAAAGACAGGGAAACAUCGCAAAUUCCGCAAAUUGUCCUUCGCACCUUAACAUUUGUGGAGCGUAACUUUAUUUGCUGCAGAACGCCUAAAAUAUACUGCAUCCAGGGAAUUGAGGGAACAGAAGACAAUUCUUAUGUGUAUGGUGGGCCUUUGUCCUGCUAGUUUCCUGCUUAAAUGUUGCGACAUUCAUGUAUAACGGGUAUCGAGAACGAGACAGCAUGAGCAUGAGAAAAUGGGAGUGUGGUUACCAUAUAGUUUUACUCUGAAGGCAGCUCCCGAAGCUCUGACAUAAAAAGCACAUGUAUGAAAAAUGUGUUGAAGGAUAACAUAUUUCAACCAGCAAGGCUAGCUGCAGCUCUUGCAUAGCUACAGUACUGUCCCUCCCUGUGAAAGGUCACAGACGAGACUGUGCUUUGUACAGUUGGCCCUGCACUUUAUGUCAAUGGCCUCACUAAAAAACAACUUUGCUUUUAUAUUUUUAUUUUUUGUUCUUUUUACAUUGAAGUGUAGAUGAAAUAGGAAACGAUCAUUGGCAGAGUGCAUGUUGGUCUUUUCUCUGAAAAUACAAUCUUGGAGAUACACAUUACAUAACUAUCUCUAUGCUGUCUUAUGAACAUUUUCUUUUUGUAACAAUACUCACAUGACAUCUGGCAUUACUAGUUUCAUGCUAGUCAGCAUUAUAAACUAUUAUGAUUAUUCAGUAAGGUUAAACUCAGUGAUUUACUCUUCUAUAUGUAAUAUCUACUUGUGAUCAAAAGGCAGCUUUUCCUCUGUUUACAUGGCGCUUCUCUGACGCACAGCUGGAACAAAAUCCUAUACUGUCUGUAAAGUAUUGGCCCUGGAAAUUGUUUACACCUCACUGCUCUGAUAAUGACUCUAUACAUUCCUCAAAGACAUUAUUCUUGUAUUAUCUGAAGCCUUAUCUGUCCUCCUAAAACAACAUAUCCUUUUUAAUAAUCCGAUGAUCAAAUGUAUAUAAAUGUUACCCUGAUUUAUUCCUUAAUUCCCUUCUGAAACAUACAAACAAACAGACCAGAACUAAUUUAACUUGAAAUGGGCAUAAUAUAUAACAUGAUGUUCAAAUGAAAAGUAACUUUCUCAGUUCUAAUGUGUUCUCCAGGUUACAUUUGGGAAGUGAUUGGGGCACAGAAGUAUUUCUUUCUCGUUCUCGUAGUAAAGUUGUAACAAGGACAGCCUUACACAAUAUUUAAAUGAAGCAGCCAUAUGAACUAAGGAAAAUGAUCUUCUGUCAGCCCUCAUGGUGAGUGAGGAGUUUACUUGAAAAUCAAAUUGAUUGCUCUUGUUUCCAACUGAGGGGUUGUUUUUGUACAUUUUGAAAAUGUGUGUGCAAAAUGUCUAUUUUUCUGCAGAAAUGUUAAAGCAAAUAGUUUUGUGAUCUUUUGUGUGUGUGUGUUUUUUAAGUUUAAAAAUGUUUACAAACAAUGUAAAAGACAGGUUUCAGGUGAAUUGUAUUUUAUAAGAAAUAAUAUAUGAAAGGAGUAUAUUUUGGCGCUGAAUACUGAAAUUAUCCAGAUGCAUGUGCCGAUUGAUCGUCUCUGAUAUGGAUAACAAGUUUCUGAUGUGAGGGCUCUCAGGUAUUUGCAUAGGCUGUGUAUUUGUAUGUCCUAAAAUAUGUGAUUUAUUUAUCAAAAAGAUGCACAGUAAUUGAAAUUGUUGGUCAACCCUCAUGACUUAAAUCAGAAGUUAGAUGAUUCAACAUCAAUGGCAUAACAUGAAGAAACAUUGCUGUGAAGAAUACAAUGUAUAUUUUUAAGGCAUGGGGUUCUCUCUAUUAAAGAUAUGGUUUUACUG